AUGACUAGUAAGUUGAAGCAAAUACAUGAAUUACCACCAUUAUCCGAUCCUUUGGAAUCGGCUAAAAGAGUAGCUGCUUACAAGGCGGUGGAUGAAAACUUUCCUCACGAAGCCACCGGGGAAGUCGUUGUUGGUAUUGGGUCUGGUUCUACAGUAGUGUACGCUGCAGAAAGAAUCGGGCAAUUGCCAAACAAGGCCAACUUUGUCUGUAUUCCAACAGGGUUCCAGUCCCAACAACUAAUCAUCGAUAAUGGCAUGAAGUUAGGGAGAAUUGAGCAAUAUCCAGAAAUCGAAAUUGCCUUUGAUGGGGCUGACGAAGUCGACUAUCAAUUGAAUUUGAUCAAGGGGGGAGGGGCCUGUUUAUUCCAAGAAAAACUCGUUGCCAGCAGUUCGAAGAAGUUCAUUGUCGUUGCUGAUUUCCGUAAGAAAUCACCAAAGCACUUAGGAGUUGCCUGGAAGAAAGGGGUUCCAAUCGAAGUGGUGCCAGUUUCCUAUGCCAGAGUCCUUAAAGAUUUAUACAAAUUGGGAGCCGUCAAGGCUAUUGUUAGACAAGGUGGAUCCGCCAAAGCAGGCCCAGUGGUGACGGACAAUAACAAUUUCUUAAUCGAUGCUGAUUUUGGUGAGAUUUCCAAUCCACAAAAGUUACAUAAUGAUAUCAAGGGCCUUGUUGGGGUGGUGGAGACUGGGUUGUUCGUGAAUGGAAUUGCUAAUAAGGCAUACUUUGGUGAAAGUAAUGGUGAAUUCACAACCCAAGAAUGA